CCCGAUGCGUGCGGGCUGCUCGGUGCCGUCUCGAACGGGUCUCCGUUCAGGCGGAUAGAGCGAGAGAGAGUGAGAGUGGGGGGCGAAGAGAGAGAGCCGGCGCGAUUUUAUAAAUACACAGGACCACGCGAGCCGGGUCACGUGAUUCGUCGGCUCACGGGACGGCGCGCGAAGGGGGUUCGGUUCCUGUACCAAAAAUAAUCGGGCCAUCUCGCCGGCCCCGUGGAAAAGACCAGGAACGCGGCACCGCCAGUUCAGAAGCUGAAAGGUGAAAACGGCGUGGUUGCGCCGCCGGCUUUCCACGGAAGCCCAUAAUGAGACGAUGCGACGGACGCUAUCCCGACGCUGCUGGCAAAUAGAACGCUACCGGCACCGCCGAAAAUGACGCCGGGAAUCUACCGGUGCCUGAUCCUCCUGGCCCUCUGCUUCCAUUAUGCCGGCUGCUUCGGCAGGGACACGCAAAUCGUGAUACGAUGGGCAGAGAAGUUGGGGAACGACUUAUGGAAACUGGCGGAGAAGGUGGCGCGACCAGAAGAACUAUUAAGCAAAUACAAGGCGAUGAAUACGCGAGUGGAGGACAAGUCCGGGGAGGAAUUGGUGAGCAUAAUCAGCGAGAACGUCGGCAGGAUGCUGAGACGAAAGAUGGACGCGGUGACCUGCAUCCGCGUGAAGGCCGAAGAGGAAUGGAAGCCCGACACGGACGCUAAUUUCACCUACGUAUCCGGCAAAUACAGCUACGUGCCCGAUCAGAGGGCGCCACAGCUUCCGGAGAACAUGGAGAAAAACGCUACGGUGUACAGGGACAUAGAGCUGACGCCGGACUCGCAUUUCUACAACAUACCCGUGAACACGAGCUUCUCGUCGGUGCACGUCCCGACGAACGUGUACGACCUGUCGCCGCCGGUUGCCAAGGCCAUCCUGCAGUCGGAGGUCCUCGACGCGGUGUUCCGUCAGAACUACGAGUCCGAUCCGGCACUGUCGUGGCAGUAUUUCGGCUCCGUCACCGGCAUGCUGCGCCAGUAUCCCGCCAUGCAGUGGAAAAUGGACCCAACGGCGGAAAGCGCCGGCAGCGAAGGGGACGACGAGGACGACGGCGGCGGCGGCGAAGAGGAGGAGGCGGACACCUAUGACUGCAGGUUGCGCAGCUGGUACAUCGAGGCUGCCACCUGCAGCAAGGACAUGGUGAUCCUGAUGGACACCAGCGGCAGCAUGGCGGGCAUGGGAAAGACUAUCGCCAAGACGACCAUAAACGCGAUCCUGGACACCCUGUCGAACAACGAUUUCGUGACGGUGCUGAGCUACACGAACGGCACCACCGACGUGGUGGACUGUUUCAAGGACACGCUGAUCCAGGCGACGCCGGAGAACGUGGAGACGUUCAAGAAAGCGAUCACCACGGUGAAGACGGAGGGCCAGGCGAAUCUGACCGAGGCCUUCGGCAAGGCCUUCGAGCUGCUCAGCAAUUACAGGGAGACGCGUGGGUGCGGGGCAGACACGCCGUGCAAUCAGCUAAUCAUGCUGGUUACCGACGGGGUUCCUGGAAAUUUGACCGAGGUGUUCAAAAUAUGGAACUGGCAGGACAACGACACCUACAUCCCCCCCGUCAGGGUGUUCACCUACCUGCUGGGCAAGGAGGUGUCGAAGGUACGCGAGAUCCAGUGGAUGGCGUGUCUGAAUCGCGGCUACUACACGCACGUUCACACGCAGGAAGAAGUUCGGGAACAGGUGCUGAAGUAUAUACCCGUGGUGGCGAGACCUAUGGUCCUCCAGGACAAGGUGCAUCCGAUUGUCUGGACUCACGCGUACGCCGACAUCACUAAUCCGGCACUCGCCACUUGGCUGUGGCUGGUGAUGCAGCACGAAGAGCAACAGUCCCGGCUCCAGAAACACCUGAAAGGGAAACGCCUGGGCGUGCGAAUGAAUGAGGACGAAAUCUACAUACAGCAGCUCCACAAGGACGAGGACGUGCGGCAGGACGCCUCGAUGCUGAACACGACCGCCUGGCAGGAGUACAGGCUGCUGACGUCGGUGAGCACGCCGGUGUUCGAUCGCCAGGGCAAUGCGAGAGCCUAUAAGAAACACAACAGGACAAGGGUUGCGGAUAUGCUGGGCGUGGCGGGCACCGACGUGCCGAUCGACGAUAUACGGAAGCUCACGUUGCCGUACAAGCUCGGCGUGAACGGCUACGCCUUCAUCGUGUCGAACAACGGCUACGUGAUACUCCAUCCGGACCUCAGGCCGGUCUUCAAAGGCAAGCUGAAGCUCAACUACAACAGCAUCGACCUCACCGAGGUGGAGAUCCUGAACGAUGGUCGGGAGCCGAGGAACCCGGGGCCGGAGGUGCUGGAGCUGCGUGCUGCGCUGGUCGACCACAAAACCGGCAGCAUGAAAGGGGUGCCGGUGAAAUUGCAUUACGACGACAAUCGUCGUGUGACCCUCGAAAGACGGGACUAUUUCUACGCGCCGUUGCCGGGCACGCCCUUCGGCCUUGCGGUCGCUAUACCAAAUUACGGGACCACGUGGAUCAAGGUCGGCGACGAGAUCCGCAGGAACCAGAACAUGAACAUCGACAUCUCGCAGUUCUUCGUCGGCGGCAACUGGAGGGUGCACCCCGGCUGGGUGUACUGUCGCUACCAUUAUCUGGAAGGUCACGAGUUCGAGGACACCGAGGAGGAGCUCGUACACUUUCUGGAGCUGAUGAACAAGCCGGGCUGGCGAUGGUCGGAGCAGUACGAGGCCUAUUCGACGGAGCCUGUCACGGAGAACGACACCUUGAACUGCGGCAGCAGAACGCUCUCGCAGGACGAUUACUAUUGCAACAAAGAGCUGAUGCAGCUGUUGGUGUUCGACGCGAAGGCGACCAACGGCAGCUUCAACGAGGAGUUCCGGCUGGAGGAGCCGAGGGCGAGGCAGCUGGUCAAGAUCUACGGGAUCUUUCUGCGGUUCGUCGCCACGCAGAGCGGCCUGACCAGAUGGCAUCAUUUGGACACGAACAGAGUGCCCACCGAGGACGACGGCAUCGUAUUCGGGGACCUUCAUCGGAGAGCGGUCAACGAGCCCUGGUACAAGGGCGCCAUUUUCCAGAAUAUCGCCGACCCUGACAGCAUUUCCGUCACGGUUCCAUGGGAGGCGGGCGCGGACGCCAUAGUGACGGCCUCCAUAGGGAUAUUCCCGAAAGACGGCGGUAAAACCGCGCCAGCGGCGGUCGUUGGCUUCCAAAUGCCCAUGCGGGAUCUUUACAACAGAUUCAUCAACCUGACCUCGGAGCCGGCUAACUCGAGCAUGAACUGCGCCCACGGCUGGAUCGAUUGCUACCUGCUCGAUCAGAACGGUUACGUGGUGAUAUCGGAGGCGCACAACGACACCGGCCAAUUUAUGGGGACGCAGGAGGGCGCCGUCAUGAACUCCAUGGUGGGCCAGGGGCUCUUCAAUCCGGUGGAGAUUUACGACUACCAGGCGUGGUGCGAGGAAAUUCGCAUCCAGGAUGCGGCCAGCACUCUGACGGACCCGCUGAUGCACCUCUGGAAACUGUUGCUCUGGUUUCUGCUGCGUGCCGCGUGGUUCGCGACCCAGUUCGCCAACUUGCCGGUCGGCCUGGCCAAAGUUCACGCCGACGAGGACGCGCCGGACCCGCCGCCGCCCCCCAAACCCUAUCUGUACCACUAUCCCUGCGAUCAGAAGAGGAUCCUGUACAUGAUGAACUACACGGUGGCCGGCGAGGGCGUCUCCAAUCACGAGGACUACUGCUCCAGGCCGUUCUAUGCUCGCAGAGUGCCGCACACGAAUCUGCUGCUGGUGGUGGUGGACGCGAUGUACGCCACCUGUUACAAAAGAUUAGAGGUGACGCCGGUGAUCAUUUCGCCGUUGGAGUACACGAACGGGUCCGAGAGCGCGCCCUGCCAUAAAAUGCCGCUGAACGACCUGAAAAGACGGCGCCUCGAGGGCUGUUUCACCGAGCAUCCCCUGGAGGACGAGAUCGAUAGAUGCGGGGGGGCCGCGGGGCUGGCCGUGUCUUUGCUGUUGUUCUACGCCGUGCUCGCCAGAAUUCUCUCCGCGUUCGCAUGACAACGUUAUGUCACGGCGUAAAUGACAAUCUCCACGCAGCUGACGAACGAGCGCGCGCGCGCGCGCUCCCAUGCAAUUGUAAAUCGCUGAUCAGCGACUGUGGUCAACUGUGCACCCUCGCGCCAUCUGUGAAAUAAAAUUAAAUAAUAAAAUUAAAUUAAAUUAAAUAAUAAAUAAUAAAUUCUUCGCGGUCAAGCAUUUCUUAUGGCGACUUAUGGCGUUCAGUGUUCACGACGCUUUGUUAAUUUACUCGAUCGAGUGUAGGGCAAGCGUGGGUAUUUCUGCGGAUGCCCGAAAUACUGCGGUAUCUUGUAAAAGUAAUAAAAUCUAACAUUUUGCAGUGUGCUAUUUUCUAAGAAUGAGUCUGAUAAUUUCUUUACACGUUUAACCCUUCGCACUCGAAGCUAUUUUAACCGUAAACCGAAAUAAUCUUCGCGAUCGAGCAUUUCUUGUGGCGACUUACGGCGUUCAGCGUUGUCGACGCUUUGUUACCGCGUCGAUCGAGCGUAGGGCGAGCGCGGGUAUUACUGCGGACGCACCAAAUGCUGCGGUUACUUCGAUUGACCUCAGGAACCCCUCAUUUGCCGAUUCCGAGCCAUAUGGAUGACACCAAACGGUUCCCAAUGUAACAGAAAUUAUUGUAUUUAAUUCGCGUUUCGGACAAUCGCCUCGGAAAUAUUUUAUUUCGCGCGAAGAAUUGUUCGCCAUGUUUCCGGGUGAAAAGUUACCCUAUUAAAAGUUAUUUACAUAGAAGU